UGUCUUCACAUUCCCGGGCAGAGGUCUUAUCUCCCCCUCACCCUCCUGGCUCUGGUUACAGGCUCUCAGGUCUCCCAUCCCCAGGGCACAUUUCCAGGUCAACACUCCCCGCUCCCUGCUGCGUCACAUCCUCACACCCUCACUGUCCCAUCAUGGCGUCUGCUCUCACCCUCUUCCUCGGCUGCUGGCUGGCCGGUCACAGCGGGGUGUGGGGAGAGCCCAGCUACCCCAAACCCAAUAUCUCCCUGAGCCCCAGCGGAGGGGUCUCCCUGGGGGGAGCCGUGGCCGUCUGGUGUCAGGGGCGGCACUGGGGCAUGCGGUUCGUGCUGAAUAAAGAGGGACGCCAUUUCCCACCUGUGGCUUCGAAGGGGUUUGAGGCUGUGUUUCCCAUCAGCAACGUGCGCUGGGAGGACCGGGGGAGCUACAGCUGCUCCUAUCACAGCAGAUCGGGGUCAGCCGCCGCAUCGCCCCCCAGCGACCCCGUGGAUCUGGUGGUGAGAGAUCCCAGCUUACCCAGACCCUCCAUCUCUCUGAGCCCCACUGGGGUCACCGCCCCAGGGGCAGACGUCACCAUCCGGUGUCAGGGGCAGCGCCAGGAUGUGAGGUUCUUCCUGCACAAGGCUGGAGACCUGAACCCGCCGCGACACAUGGACCCUGCUGGGGACGGGGCCGAGUUCCACAUCCCCACCGUGGGCCGGCAGGAUGGAGGGAACUACAGCUGCAGCUACCGGCCCCCAUCAGAGCCCUUCAACUCCUCGCAGCCCAGCCACCCCGUGGAGCUGGUGGUAGCAGGCGAAUCGGGACCUCUGGCACCUCCGUGUCUGACCAGCCACAUCAUCGCCGGGGCGAGUGCGGCAGCCGCUGGCCUCCUCCUCCUCCUCCUGGUGGCCUUCCUCUGCUUCCGAAAAACCCGAGCCAGAAAAGGAGCUGCACCGAGACCCAGCAGCACCUGCCCUAUGGGGGCAUUAAAGGCAUCGGCUCAGCAAGACCCCGUCUACACCUCUGUCGACGAGGGAAAAGAGCCACAGACCCUGGGGGAAAACUGCCCCUGAGUCUGCCCAGCCCAGCAUGUACACCGCGAUCAACAUGCCCCGGGGGGCCCCGCAGUGAGAGCCCCUGCAGCCAUGGGGCACCUGGCCCCAGGGGGUGACAGACUCACCCCCCCUGCAGCGCCAGUCCCAGAGAACUCUGCUUCUAAGAAGCUUUAGGGGAGAUGCUGCCCUCCCCACACUGCUGCCCCGUCCCAUCGAGCUGCUGGCCCCCCGCCCCAUCCAGACCCACAUGUAGGGCCAGUGUGGGGGGCUUCGCACCGGGAGGGGGAGAGGAUGUGCUGAGGCUGUCUAUGUUAUUUUGCAUCCUGUUAAUCUCCAGCUUUGUAAUAAACACAGAACCACAAACCAGCCCCCCAGGCCCCUGCUGUGAAUGUGUGUAACACCUGGGCGAGAUGGGGUGGGGUGCGUGGGCUGGUUAUACAGGGACCCCUCGUCCAACGCAGGGAUGCAGCCGCAUCUGGGGUGGGGUGCUGGUUAUACAGAGACCCCUCGCCUGGCGCCGGGUUGCAGCUCCUCUGGGGAAGGUCGUCCGUUGGGCAGGAUGCCGGGGUUCACACCCUGACUCGGGGCGAAGCUGCAGAAGGGUCUGUGAUGCUGUACAGAACUCCAGAAUU